AUAAACAUGAAAACACGACCUUAUUUACCGGCACACACAGCUAAAAUACACAGGAAAAUACAAAAAACUACGUCAGAGGAUUAAAAAUUACGUAAAACCGUUAUUAAUUAAGGCAGCUAGUGUGUUAAUCCAUUGAAAAUGUAGUGAGAUAGUGUGAAAUUGGUAUUAUUAUCGAAAGUGCUGUUAAUUCGUAAAUACCCUGCGCUGCGACAAUGAAACACAAGAAUGACUGAACGGAGUGAACGGAGCAAGAUGAGCAAGGCUCUAAGCGCUUUCAGCGGCGGGGAGGCCUGUGGGGCACGAUGGACCCUCGGAGCCCUCCUCCUGGCACCUCUAGCCGCUGCAAACUCCAGUUACUGUGCUGUUCCUGCAGUCAUGCUCCUUGCGAUUUUCAUCACUAUUGCCACCUUCACGUGCAAAGAUCUCAAAAAACUAGCUGAGAUACUUCCACCACCUAAAACAUCAAGAGGUCGCCGUGAGCGCAAUUUGCGCUCUUUCGCAGAUUUCAUGGCAAUGUGGAUGACGUUUCUCUCUCAUUUGGUGGCUGUUGCAAUCUGUGCUCGUAUUCUGAGUGCCACAGCGGAUCAUGUGACCGGUGGUCGGACCAGAAGAUGGUUGUUUGGUUACGAAACUCGAGCACUUGGAGAACCAUGGCCUGACGUGCUAGGAGUUACUGUAGUCAUGGUCGUUUGUGCCAUGUUCAUGUGCGGUUUAGAGGAAAGUAUGAUGUUUACCUUCAUGCUGUUAAUCCUUCUGUACAUCUUCAGCCAGUUCUUUGCUAUAUUCGGACUGAUCAACUUUGAUAUCGCCAACAUCAAUAUGCCUAUACCAAUCACCGUGUACGAGUUAUUUGCAACUGGGGCACCAAUAUCCUACGCCUUCAAUGUUAUCCUCCCCAAAGAAAAUGGUGCCUUAAAGAAAAAUCUUUUCCUCAUGAUCGGACUUCCCAGUAUAGUACUUUCAGGAUUAUGUUUCCUCUACACUAAUAUGCUAAAAGGGAGCAGCAUCGAUGCGGCUUUGCCAGUGACCACACUGCUGGAGGCGAGAGCUGCAGGCUGGGUCUGUCCGGUUCUGGCUGCAGUUACUGUCGCCGGCGUCUGCCUCGCCUUGACCGAGCUCUGUCCGUUACUCUUCACUGUCCUAGUAGCUCUAGCCUCACCCGAAUGGAAGGUGCUUACUAGGUCAAUGACUUACGAGAGCACGACCACAGGCAGUCCAGUUUUAGCCGUAUUUACAGCCGAUAUUGAAUAUAAACGUUUAGGGAGAGAAGCUGCGAGGGGAUCGAAAGCAUCUGGAAGUAAGGCCAAGCGUUCGGGACUUUGGUUCAUUCCAUCUGCUAUUCGCCACACAAAAACUCUGGAGAGUAUAAAGUCUAAAGUAACGACAAAAGAAACUGAAGAACGAGAGUGUCUUCUUCUUGACGAAUACGCGGGAUGUCCAACAGAAGAGAAUGAUCCAACCAGUAGCAGCAGCGGUGUGCCAAUGGCCACGGCUGAGGUGGAUGUGGUAUCUGAUGGUGAAGCAAGCGAACAGGAGAUGUCUUCAGGCGAUGACUCCACGGACAUUGAUGCAGUCGUCAAAGAAUAUAGAGAUAGGAUACAAGUGGUAACUUCAGUUCCCGAGUCCAGCACUCCAUCUCCGCCGUGUGUGCGUGGCUCACGCUGGUCGGCAGCUGGUGCUGUGGUGCAACUGGUAGCUGAUGCCAUCAUUGCAGUCGCCUUCUGCAACGAAACUAUUAGACUGCCAAUGUUCGCUAUUGGGAUACCGCUGUGGCUUACGGGUACCUUUAUAAGCGCGUGGCAACCCGCUCAUAACUUGGGUAUGAGAAAGGGGCAAAGCAUUCAAGGUCCCAUAACUAUGCUGACUGCUCUACUGUUCCUUACUCCGUUACUCGUUGAUUCUUGGCCAGCUAUAACGCUGUUUGCAGGCGCUGGUGUUGUGAUAUACGCUCGUUGUGAACGUUGGUGCGGAGACUUGGCUGUGCAGCAAGCGCGCAGUGCUAUGGAGAGACGCAAGUUGAGGCCUGUGUCAGCAACGGUCCCGCUGACUGGAGCCCGUCUGACUCAUAUAGACACUGUGUAUAUAGCCAGAUGACAAGAAGAUGACUCGGAUACGAGUCUGGAUAAUCUAUUAGAUGUGGAGGUUGAAGACCCUGAUGGUGAAUGACAACAGGCUGAGGCUAUUAUCAUCAUCGCCCCAUAAUCAUCAUCAUUGUGAUUAUUUGUAAUUUGAAUUUAUAAGGACACAGAUUGAAAUAAUAGCUUGAAUAACCUGGAUUAACACGUUGACUCUA